AUGUGGGACUCCCGCGGGGUCAGAUGGCCGCCGCCUCGUCCAAAUGCGCGACAGCCCACAGGCCGACUCGACCGCCAUUUUCCCUUCUUGCCUCUGCUCACUUACAGCUUUGACAGCUUUGACAGCUUUGACAGCUUUGACAGCAACGGCAGCAGAAACACACUGACUGUCACUGGACAGAGUCGACAACCGUCACAGGGGACCGGAGAUUCUCUCGAGAUGACAGCCAUGACCAAGCGCGAUUCGCACGACGACGACAGCGCCCGGGUCAAGCGCGUCAAGACCGAGGGAAAUGGCGAAGAGUCAAAGGCCAACCCAUAUCUGGCGCAUUGGGACAGCGAGCAGGCCGGCAAGAGCGAGAACAGCGAGUACAGCGCGAUAGGCGCAGGUUUGGCCGGCUUCAAGCGCCAUGCCACCACCACCAAGCAGGCCACGGCCGCCGAAGAUGGCCCCGACAAUCCCUUCACUGGACGGCCGCUAUCGAGCAAGUACAUGAGCAUUCUCAAGACACGCCGAGGCUUGCCUGUCCACCAGCAAAGAGAUGAGUUCCUUAAGCUCUACCAGGAAUCGCAAAUCCUCGUCUUCGUCGGCGAGACUGGUUCUGGAAAGACGACACAGAUUCCGCAGUUCGUCCUCUUCGACGAUCUCCCCCAGCAGAGCGCGCAGAUGGUGGCUUGCACCCAGCCUCGUCGAGUCGCCGCCAUGUCCGUCGCACAGCGUGUCGCAGAGGAGAUGGACGUUGAGUUGGGCGAGGAAGUUGGGUACAGCAUCCGUUUCGAAGACAGGACUGGGCCAAACACCAUCCUCAAGUACAUGACGGACGGAAUGUUGCUGCGUGAGGCCAUGCACGACAACAACCUCACCCGCUACAGCACCAUCAUUCUCGAUGAGGCUCACGAGCGUACCCUGGCCACCGAUAUUCUCAUGGGUUUGUUGAAGGAGGUCGUCCUUAGGCGCAAGGACUUGAAGCUCAUCAUCAUGAGCGCCACACUCGACGCCACAAAGUUCCAAAAGUACUUCCACAAUGCACCCCUACUCGCCGUACCGGGUCGAACGCACCCAGUCGAGGUCUUCUACACCCCUGCCCCCGAACGCGAUUACGUCGAGGCUGCCCUGCGAACCGUACUCCAGAUCCACGCCACCGAGCCCGAGGGUGAUAUCCUGUUGUUCCUGACUGGUGAGGAAGAGAUUGAGGAUGCUUGCAGGAAGAUCAACCUGGAAGCGCAGGAUCUGACCCGCGAGGGCGGUGCAGGUCCCCUCGUUGUAUACCCGCUCUAUGGUACUCUGCCACCCGCGCAACAGCAGAAGAUCUUCAGCCCUGCCCCACCUCCAUCCACACCUGGGGGACGACCUGGCCGAAAAGUCAUCGUCUCCACCAACAUCGCCGAAACAUCGCUUACCAUUGACGGUAUCGUGUACGUCGUCGACCCUGGUUUCAGCAAGCAAAAAGUAUACAAUCCCCGCAUCCGUGUCGAGUCACUGCUUGUAUCGCCCAUCUCCAAAGCAUCUGCACAACAGCGAGCUGGUCGUGCCGGUCGUACGCGACCUGGUAAAUGCUUCCGUUUGUACACUGAGCAAGCGUUCAAGAAGGAGCUCAUCGAGCAGACCUACCCCGAGAUUCUCCGUUCCAACUUGGCCAGCACGGUACUCGAGCUGAAGAAGCUGGGUGUCGACGACUUGGUACAUUUCGACUUGAUGGAUCCGCCCGCGCCCGAGACGCUCAUGCGUGCCCUGGAGGAGUUGAACUACCUGGCCUGUCUCGACGACGAAGGCGAAUUGACUCAACUCGGGAGUCUGGCGUCGCAGUUCCCCCUCGAUCCUGCAUUGGCAGUCAUGCUCAUCACAUCACCCGAGUUCUACUGCUCCAAUGAGAUUCUGUCGCUCACCGCACUCCUCUCCGUCCCGCAAAUCUUCGUCCGCCCGGCGAACAACCGCAAGCGCGCUGACGAGAUGAAGCAAUUCUUCGCACACCCUAAGGGAGAUCAUCUGACCAUGCUCAACGUCUAUCACGCAUUCAAGGGUGAGGAGGCCCAGGCGAACCCUAAGCAAUGGUGUCACGAUCACUUCCUAUCCUAUCGUGCGCUGCAACAAGCCGACAACGUCCGCCUGCAACUGAAGCGCAUCAUGGAGCGUGAGGAGCUCGAACUCAUGUCCACUCCCUUUGAGAAUAAGACAUACUACGAGAAUAUUCAGCGUGCCCUUGUAGCAGGCUUCUUCAUGCAGGUAGCCAAGCGUGAUGGCAAUAGCAAGUCGUACAUCACUGUCAAGGAUGAGCAAAAUGUGCUUUUGCAUCCUAGCACAGUACUUGCAGAGGACAGCGAGUGGGUUAUUUACAACGAGUUUGUGCUCACCACGAAGAACUACAUUCGCACGGUGACGAGUGUCAAGCCGGAGUGGUUGCUGGACAUUUCACCAAAUUACUACGACCUGUCGCAAUUCAAGAAGGGCGAGAUCAGGCAGGCACUCCAAGCCGUCGUCACAAAAAUUCAGCGCAAGGAGCUACAGAAGGCUGGCCGGAGAUGA